AUGGCCGCCAUGGCAGCCAUGAUGGUCAUAUGGCACCUUUUGCUGAUGAUCGCGUUUGGCUUUGCCCACGAUGAUACAUGCGCCAUGCAGCUCGGCCGAGUCAACAAGACGUUCACGGCCAAAGAGAAAGACUUGCAAGACUUCGCUGGCCAACUGGAGUUUGAAGUGGACGCGACCCUCGCGGGCCAGUACUGCAUGGAUGAAGGGAGUUUGGCCACAGUCGAGAAAGCGAGCCUGGCCGAGUGCAAGUCCGUGUGCAGCGUACUUUCAGGGUGUCGUUACCUCGCGUACGUCGAUCUCGACAAACCCGCCUACAGGCUUGCCGGCAUGAUGUCUGAGAAAAGGCCGCGCCGUUUCCGCCAGAGGGUCAGGGCCAAGUAUUGUUCAGUGCAGUGCCGCUUCUUUUCCAGCUGCGCAGUCCCAGUGCAUUCCAACUGUGUGGUUGGCCCGACGAUGUAUGUCGUCAUAGGGGCACGUUCCACGUCGAUAACUGCCACCACCACCACCACCAUCAUGACCACCAGCACCACCAGCGCCACCAGCAGCACGAGCACCACGAGCACCACCAGCACCAGCAGCACCAGCAGCACCACAGCAAUCACCACCACAACAACCACCACCCCCACGACCGCGACCACCACCCCCACCAUGACCACCGCCACAACCACCACAACACUUCCUGCGGCAAGCCUCCACGAUGACUACAUGGCGAGCACGUUUGCCUCAGGUGACCUGGCGGACUAUAACUCACCAGGCGGCCUGGGAAGGUGGACUUUCGCAACGUCGAACAGCCACAUUCCAGGGACAGGGACAGAGACGAUGCUGCAGUAUACAACACAGGCAAACGGUGUGCGAGCACCGAAUUGUUUCAUCACCCCGAACGCUUUGAGCCCGUUAGACAUGCCAGGCAUUGGCACAAGCACCGGUGUGCUCAUUACUCCAGAGAGCACUGAAGGGAAAGCGGACGACAACUCUCUUGCUAUGCACCCUGGCUACCACCCUGACGAGCAAUACCUCAAGGUGAAGUUCACAGCAGCGCACGCAGUGAAUGUGGCCGGCUAUGUGAAGGAACUCGGUGCGCAUUGCGGAGGUAUCGACGUGUGGAUGUUCAGUGGCUCGACGCUAAUCACCGAUGCGAGCGCCCUCAACGAUGACACCCCCUUCACGUUUCCAGCCACCACCGUUGCAGCUGGCUCCACGCUCACAAUUUCCGUGGGGUCGAACGGAAUUUUCAAUUGCGAUCACUCCUCCCUCUCUCUCACCAUGACAUCAGGUUAA